CUCCACCUCCUAGAGGCCGUUGCGAUUGGCUCCCACUCGCCGUCGCUCAGCUCUCCGCGGGCGGAGCGAGGCCGGGAAGGGGCGUGGCCGAGGGGCGGGCGAGCCGCGCGCUCUCGCCUCGGGAGGGAGUCACAGGUCCGGCACACGCGAGGGCCGGGCGCGCGCGGCCGCACGCGGGUGGAAGUCCUCGGAGGCGCGGCGGGCGGCGCACAGGCACAGGCUUUGCUGCAGGAGCCGCGGCCCGCACCCGCUCCAGCGCCCGCCGCCGUCAGCGGCCCCCGCGCCGGCUGUGUCCGCUCCGCGCACUGAGGAAGCCCAUCAGCCCUUGGCAGCCCCAGCGGAGCGGGUGAUGGCCCCGCGCAAGAACGCCAAGGGCGGCGGCGGCGGCAACAGCAGCAGCAGCGGCUCCGGCAGCGGCAGCACCAGCGCGGGCAGCAGCGGAGGCAGCAGCAGCCCCGGGGCCCGGAGAGAGACAAAGCAUGGAGGACACAAGAAUGGGAAGAAAGGAGGACUUUCUGGAAGUUCCUUUUUCACGUGGUUCAUGGUCAUCGCGUUGCUGGGAGUUUGGACAUCAGUAGCGGUUGUUUGGUUUGAGCUUGUUGAUUAUGAGGAAGUUCUAGCCAAAGCAAAGGACUUUCGUUAUAACUUAUCAGAGGUACUUCAAGGAAAACUAGGCAUCUAUGACGCUGAUGGUGAUGGAGAUUUUGAUGUAGAUGAUGCCAAAGUUUUAUUAGGACUUAAGGAAAGAUCUGCUUCAGAGCCCACAGUCCCACCAGAAGCGGAGCCAGACGCUGAGCUGGAGGAGCAGGCUCCUGUGGGGGCAGAACCCAAGAAUAUUGAAGAUGAAAUAAACGAACAAAUUCAGCCCCUUCUCCAUGAAACGGUACACAGAGAACAUGUUGAAGGAGAGGACCUGCAGCAAGAAGACGGUGCCCCGGUGGGAGAACCACACCUGGAGGAUGACCGCUUCCUCACGGCCCCUGACGUACACGAUAAAUCUGAGACCCUGGAACCUGAAACAUUUCAUGAAGAUUCACAGGACUACCAUCAGGAUUUGGAAGAGAAGACAUAUGAACAGGAAGCUCCAGAUUCCAGUGAACCAUUAGUAGCUGAUGGAAGAUUGCAGCACGACGAAGAUGGUGUAACAUACCAAGACUAUGAUGAAAAAGUAUAUGAACCUUUGGAAAAUGAACCUUCAGAAAAUGAACCUUUGGAAAACGAACCUUUGGAAAACGAACCUUUGGAAAACGAACCUUUGGAAAAUGAACCUUUAGAAAAUGAACCUUUGGAAAAUGAACCUUUGGAAAAUGAACCUUUGGAAAAUGAACCUUCAGAAAACAAUCCUGUGGAAAAUGAACUUUCAGAAAAUGAACCUUCAGAAAAGGAAAGGAUAGAAAUCUCAGAUACUACUGUAUACAGCGUAGAAGAUUCAAAUGUAAUUGCAGAAGAAGUCACUGUUCCUCUGGUAGAAGAACAGCAGGAAGUCCCACCAGAAACAAACAGAAAAAUGGAUGAUACUGAACCAAAAGAGAGAGUUAAGAAAAAGAAGCCUAAACUUUUAAAUAAAUUUGAUAAGACAAUUAAAGCUGAACUUGAUGCUGCAGAAAAACUCCGUAAAAGGGGGAAGAUCGAGGAAGCAGCGGAUGCCUUUAGGGAGCUAGUGCACAAAUACCCUCAGAGCCCGCGAGCGAGAUACGGAAAGGCACAGUGUGAAGACGACUUGGCCGAGAAGAGAAGGAGCAAUGAGCUGCUGCGUGGGGCCAUCGAGACCUACCGAGAGGUGGCUGGCCUGCCUGCCGUGCCCUCAGACCUGCUGAAGCUGGCUCUGAAGCGGUGCUCGGACAGACAGCAGUUUCUAGGUCAUAUGAGGGGUUCCCUGCUUACCCUCCAGAGAUUAGUUCAACUAUUUCCCAAUGACACUUCCUUAAAGAAUGACCUUGGAGUGGGCUACCUCUUGAUUGGAGAUAAUGGCAAUGCCAAGAAGGUUUAUGAAGAGGUUCUGAGUGUGACACCUAAUGACGGCUUUGCUAAAGUCCACUACGGCUUCAUCCUGAAGGCACAGAACAAGAUUGCCGAGAGCAUUCCCUAUUUGAAGGAAGGAAUAGAAUCUGGGGAUCCUGGAACCGAUGAUGGGAGAUUUUAUUUCCACCUGGGAGAUGCCAUGCAGAGGGUUGGGAACAAAGAGGCAUAUAAGUGGUACGAGCUUGGGCACAAGCGAGGACAUUUUGCGUCUGUUUGGCAACGCUCGCUCUACAACGUGAAUGGCCUGAAAGCUCAGCCCUGGUGGACAGCAAAAGAAACCGGCUACACAGAUUUAGUAAAGUCUUUAGAACGACACUGGAAGUUAAUCCGAGAUGAAGGCCUUGCAGUGAUGGAUAAAGCCAAAGGUCUCUUCCUGCCUGAGGAUGAAAACCUGAGGGAGAAGGGAGACUGGAGCCAGUUUACGCUGUGGCAGCAAGGAAGAAAAAAUGAAAAUGCCUGUAAAGGAGCUCCUAAAACCUGUACUCUACUAGAAAAGUUCCCCGAGACCACAGGAUGCCGCCGAGGACAGAUCAAAUAUUCCGUCAUGCACCCUGGAACUCAUGUGUGGCCUCACACGGGGCCAACAAACUGCAGGCUCCGAAUGCACCUGGGCUUGGUGAUUCCCAAGGAAGGCUGCAAGAUCCGAUGUGCCAACGAGACCAAGUCCUGGGAGGAAGGCAAGGUGCUCAUCUUUGAUGACUCCUUUGAGCAUGAGGUGUGGCAGGACGCCUCGAGUUUCCGGCUCAUAUUCAUCGUGGACGUGUGGCACCCGGAGCUGACAACCCAGCAGAGACGCAGUCUUCCUGCAAUUUAGCAGGAAGUUCGUGCAACCAAGGAACACCCUGGAGAGAGGCUGCCUUUUGGGUUCCAUCCCCAUGGGUGGGACGAUCGAAGUUCAAACACCAAGGCUCUUAAUUCCCUCAACUUGUAGCCUGAAAAAUUCUCAGCCUCCUCCUAGGCUUAGAAGACACUAAAGGGAAUAUUUGCAUUGCUGCAGUUCACUUAGAAACCACCCUGCUGGGUUUCCACCCAUGACAGCACUGGUCUGACCCGCGGGUUUAAGGUGAACAUUGCGAUAGCUCCUACCUUGCCAGCCAAAGAUAUUCUUUUGACAUAGAGAAGGUUUGAAUCAAUGUACAAUGAGAAUAUGUGUGGAAACUGUGAAUGGAUUGCUUUAGUUUGUAAUUUUUCUAUGCAGUUCUAUUUUUCUAGGGUAGCUAGUUUGUCAUUAUGUAACACUACUUUUUAAAUUGCUCUUAAUGAAAAGCUGUGUAAAUGCUUUACUUCUCUCUGUUUAAUAGUAAUAGUCCUGGUGCACUCAGGCUUCUCUCUCUUUUAAUGCUUUUUAGUAAAAAAACACUCAUGAAAAAAGCAAUUGUAUUUUCCUAAUACAAAAAAAGGAAAACAUCAUUAUGCCCACGGUUAUGAAGUGUACGGAUCCCUACCCUGGGUCUGCAUGCUUCCUUAUGUUCAUUGAGAUCAAGACCCUUAAUUUCUCCUCUCACUAUGCUCAUGGUGGGAAUAUUGUCAAAAUCUUAUUCCUCUUUAAAAGAAACUUUUUACAGUAAAAAAAAGAAAGGCAUGGAAUCAUUUUCUGUUAAGUUAUAAAAGUACCAUAUGUAAAUGUUUUUAAUCUGAAGUAUUAGGGCUUGGAGGGGGAAAGUCGAAUUUAUGGAAGUAAAAAUUUUCUGUCAGGAUUAAGUGGGGGCCACUGGGAUGUCUGGCUGCUGGCCACUUUGCCAUCUGUGAGACGGGCCUGGGAAUCUAGUGUCCUUCCCUGCGGUGGAUCCAUGUGAGUGACAAGAGGACAACCCUUUGGGUCUUGAGAUGAUUCUCAUCACAAUGUUAUGGAAAUAUUAAGGACAGCAGAAGGAAAGGUCACCAAAACGUGCUAGAAUCUUUGUAGGAAUGUUGAAAUUGCUUUCCUCUUGGAAUGAGUUGGAAGACUCUUUUAUCUCUCAGACUUGAGAAUCUUCUGCCAUUUAAACAUGACUUUGAAAUAGCAAUUAUUAUCUAUAUUUAGUUUUACCAUUACCUGUGACAUAGGAAUAACAGCUGAAAAAUGGUCUUGCCUACUCAUUCCAAAGAUGAUCAAGUCAUUAAUUUUGUGAAUUAUUAACGCAUUCGAUAUUGUAGGUUUUUAACCAAGGCUACCUACAAAUGUGAGCUCUAAGAAUGUAAUGAUAUUCAUGCACUGAAUUCUAAGCCAGUAAAAACAAAAGAGCCGCACAAAUGACACGUAGGUCACCACAUUUCAUUAUUUCGCUCACAGUUAGAAAAAAUGUGUGCUUUCUUUUUGAUUUAAGAACAAAGGAGGAGGUUUUCUUUGUCUCAUUUAAAGAACUGUUCUUCAAAGUUGAUAUUGGCCCAUUUUGCUUGACCUAGCGGACAUGAGCUUUCAGUAGAUGAAUUUGCAAAAUAUUUGUCCUAUUCCUUCUGUUUUGCUGGUGUUCCAAAAUUCCACUAAAUCAGAUGAAGAGGGAUAGGAGGAAGAAUAUCAAAGUUCAUUACCAAAGUCCAGAAGAGAAGGCAAACUCUUGAAAAGUAAAAGGGUAUCGUAUCCUUCAGUAUUUAUUGAACAGAGGAAGUGACCAACACAGGGCAAUAGAGUUCAAUGUUCAUGUAGGAACGAUCACGUCACUUACUGAAUUUGGUUCUUAUAUGUAUAUUGCAUAUACAUAAAGAAAUUCAAACUAUACGUUAUUGUAAAACCAUCAUCUUACAUUCAUGUAAUGAAAUUAUGGAACAGAGUAAAAACUAACUCUUGACUCAGUAAAUAUAAUAAAGUGUUUAAAAUCAGGUCACUAGAGUGGGGUUCUAAAUAUUGCCGAUUGAAAAACUAGAAGUGUUAUUCCUGCUGCAAAGUGCUGGCAAUAAUUGACUCCAAUAAAAUUGUAAAUACUUGGACCCCACCACUAUUUUGUAAACUCAAUCAAUAAAAUGGAUUUUCUAAUUCA